GCUUGCUUAAUCCAGUGGAGAAAAGGGGAAAGUAUUGGAUACAAAUAGAGAAACUGAGGAACCAUAGCUUCUCUCUUGUUCUCACUUCUCCGUCUACAUUUUAUCAAUCUAUAUCACGCUCGGAAGAUUAACAUUGACACUCAGAUUAAGGGAUAUUUCUUGAAAAAUCUUAUAUUUUUUUCUCUUCAAAAUCAGUUAUGGGAAGAUCUUGGCUUAUUGAUGGCAGAGGACUAGCAAGAAAAAUUAAAAAUGCCAGUGCUCCUGCUGCACAUCAAAUAAAAGAUUGUGGUGCAAAGCGGCAAUGCCCAAACUGCCAUUACUGUAUUGAUAACAACGAUGUUUCUCAGGAAUGGCCUGGUCUACCUGUUGGUGUGAAAUUUGAUCCAUCUGAUGUAGAGCUCUUGGAGUACUUGGAAGAAAAGUGCGGGGUGGGAAAUUCCAAGCAACACAAAUUCAUUGAUGAGUUCAUCCCGACUCUUGACGUUUACGAAGGGAUUUGCUAUACCCAUCCUGAAAAUCUUACUGGUGCCAAAAAGGAUGGAAGUAGCGUUCACUUCUUUUAUCGCAUUACCAAUGCGUAUUCAACUGGUAAACGUAAGCGUAGAAAGAUAAGUGAUGAAAAUAAUUUGAUGAAAGAACAUGUCCGUUGGCACAAGACUGGAAAGACCAAGAUUGUGAUGGAGAAUGGACUCCAGAAGGGGUGUAAGAAGGUAAUGGUUCUCUAUCAAAACACUAAGAAGGGGUCGAAGCAGGAAAAGACUCAUUGGGUAAUGCAUCAGUACCAUCUGGGCACUGAUGAAGACGAAAAAGAAGGUGAAUAUGUUGUUUCAAAAAUCUUUUAUCAACAACAGAAGCAAUCCGUCAAGGCCAAUGACUCUAGUGUCAAUGAAGAAGCCAGUGCAGGAGCAAAUCAAACUGGCCCUACAACUCCAAAGACGGUUACUCCUAAUCCCCCUCGAGCCGGAGAAACCCCUUCCUGUGAUGAUUUUAUCGAUGACUCUUUAUCCUUCUCACCUGAUCAGGAAGUGGAAGUUGCCAAAGAACCAGGGCAGUCUUCUGAUGCUAAAGUUAAGUGUGAAGUGGAGUACCCCACAUGUUUGGCUGGAGAAUCACAAGGAGCUGAUGCAAAUGAUGUUGAUAAUUCUCUGUUGUGUGAUGAACUUCUUGCUUCUUAUCUUGAUAGUUUUGAACAUAAUCUUGGCUCUUCUACUGAAUUCACUCAUAACACUAGCCAUUUAUCACAAGGAAAUGGUAACACAACCUGUGGAAUUUCGGAGCUGGAUAAUUUAGAAUUAGAUACUCCUCCAGAUUUCCAACUUGCAGAUUUGCCGUUCGGUUCUCAAGAGAGUAUCUUUAGCUGGUUGGACCGGCAAUAGAAAUGAUAAGAACUUUGCUGUUAACAGCAAUGAGAUAGUGCUUUGUGCAUUCUGAGAUCCAGAAUCUAUUUCAACAAGAUUGCGUUCUUGAGUGGCUUCUGUUUUAUGAAAUGCUCAUCUUUCCACCCGUCCUACAGUACACCAGAAGAUGAAGAAGAUGAGGAAUCUGGAAAAAAGAAAAGAAAAAAAUCGUUGUUGUAUCCUAUAAUGCUGGAAGAUGUACGAAUCGAAGGAGUUGUUGAAAGAACCUGCUACGAUCUAUCAAGGAUCUGCAUUUGGGAGCUGGAACUGUUGAAGCUUCAAAUAUUGACAUGGGUCUGAUUUUCAUUUAAUGUGUUUAUCUCUCUUGUUAAGACUUUCUCAUGUUUUUUUGUUCUGUUCAACAUGUUCCACUCCUCAAAUGCUUUGUGUUUCUAUUCCAGUAUUUUUGUUGUAACUGUUGAUUCUAUUUGCUUUCUAAUGCCUCUUUUGUUGUGUCUGACGCCAUGCAUUCUGAUAUGAAAGAUAUCUUGCUAUUUGCAGA